UGGAUCGUGGAUAGUAGUCUUACUUUACCAGCGGUGAUGAUAAUUAAGUCGUCUGUAUAAAAUAGCGGAAAGUGGACAAGCAAGACAGUCAUAUAAAAAUAGAUCAGCGAGAGCGGCUAACAGCUUUCGAUAUAAAAUCCGUUCGAUCACCGAUUUCCAUUUAAUACGAAACCCCUUAUAACCAGUAAUUCUUAGUUGUUUUGCGGUCAUCGCUGUGUGAACCUACCCGGAUCACGAUUUUACACUCCCCACUAUCAAUUGGAAGUUCAACGAUAGUUCUUCUUAUCGACCAAUUAGACGGACAGAUCACUGGGGCUCGUCCGCAAGCAAAACAUUCUGCAAUCACAUAUAAAGGAAGCGCUUUAAGAGAAACAAACAGUGGUAACAUGCCAAAAUUCCAAGAUAUCAGCUGGACGAAUUUGACGCGAGUUUCGCGGCAAUUCGACAACAAACAAAACUUCUCCAUCAACUGUCGCUGUUUCACCACGGGCCAUCGUUUCAGUUUAACUUCGAUUCCGAAAAUCACUCGUUCCACGCAUUUUUUUGCACCGUUUUUCACGAUCGAAAAAGCUCGCAGGAUGCCGCACGCUGUCAAUAUUUCUCAAAUCUCGAGAUUUAUCGUGACUUACGCAGCAAAAGACCCAUUAUUAAAAAAUGGAUUUGAUUAUAUCGGUAAAAUACCGCUCUUAAACGCAUGCACGGUAGAGAUCUCAUCCCAACUUCGUUAUUACAUCGAGGAAUGCGCUUUGCUAAGUAAUCCUAAAGACAUUUAUAUAUGUAAUGGUACAGAUAUCGAAUAUAUGCAAAUGUUAAAAAUUCUCCAGAAAAAUGGGACUAUCGAAAGUUUGCCGAAAUAUGAAAAUUGCUGGUUGGCAAAGACUAAUCCUGCGGAUGUGGCACGCGUUGAGAAACGUACGUUCAUCAGUACAGACUUGGAAAAGGAUACUAUUCCUACACCACGUAAAGAUGUAACUGGAGAGCUUGGAAAUUGGAUCUCUCCUAAUGAUAUGGAAAAAGCUAUUUUGGAACGUUUCCCAGGUUGUAUGAAAGGACGCACCAUGUACGUGAUUCCUUUCAGUAUGGGACCCGUAGACUCUCCACUCUCUAAAAUUGGUAUAGAAAUUACCGAUUCGGCUUACGUAGUCUGUUCAAUGAGAAUAAUGACUAGAAUGGGAGAAAAGGUACUCGAAGCUUUGGGAAAUGACGAUUUCGUUAAAUGUUUACACUCGGUGGGUGUUCCAAAGCAUAAUUCAAAAGUCAGUGUAAGUCAUUCAUGGCCGUGCGAUCCUGAAAGGACGAUUAUCCUUCAUAAGCCCGCGAAAAAUGAGAUUGUAUCCUAUGGAAGUGGUUACGGUGGAAAUUCUCUAUUAGGAAAAAAAUGCUUUGCGCUUCGAAUUGGUUCAACAAUAGCCAGGAAAGAAGGAUGGCUUGCUGAACAUAUGCUCAUACUAGGUAUCACAAAUCCUAAGGGCAAAAAACGUUAUAUUGCCGCCGCUUUUCCAAGCGCUUGUGGUAAAACAAACUUGGCUAUGAUGCAACCUACUUUGCCGGGUUACAAGAUUGAAUGCGUAGGAGAUGACAUCGCAUGGAUGAGAUUCGAUAACAAAGGAAAUUUACGUGCCAUUAAUCCGGAGAAUGGAUUUUUUGGAGUUGCUCCCGGUACGAGUUCGGCUACGAAUCCCAAUGCUAUGAAAACUAUUUUCAAAAAUACCAUCUUCACUAAUGUAGCGUCUACUAGUGAUGGAGGAGUAUAUUGGGAAGGAAUGGAAAAAGAAGUUGCAGAUAAUAUCAAGGUGAUCGAUUGGAGAGGCAAUGAUUGGUUCAGAGGUUCUAAGAUACCAGCUGCUCAUCCAAAUUCAAGAUUCUGUACUCCAGCAAAGCAAUGUCCCAUUAUUGAUCCCUGUUGGGAAGAUCCAGCUGGAGUCCCAAUCGAUGCUAUAUUAUUUGGAGGACGUAGACCCGAGGGUGUACCUUUGGUUUAUCAAGCUCGAAACUGGCAACAUGGUGUUUUCAUUGGUGCUGCAAUGAGAUCUGAAGCUACAGCCGCUGCGGAACAUAAGGGUAAAGUAAUCAUGCACGAUCCGUUUGCCAUGAGACCCUUCUUUGGAUAUAAUUUUGGACACUAUCUUGCCCACUGGUUGAGUAUGGCAGAUGUGAAGAACGGCAAAUUACCAGCGAUAUUCCAUGUGAACUGGUUCAGGAAAGAUUCGAGCGGGAAGUUUCUGUGGCCAGGAUUUGGUGAGAAUUCACGUGUCCUCGAUUGGAUUCUUCGAAGGAUCGAUAGCGAAGAUAUUGCUGAGGACUCGCCCAUUGGCUUAUUGCCAAAACUAGGAUCUAUAAAUUUAGAAAAUCUCACAGAUAAUGUAAACAUGACGGAAUUGUUCAGAUUACCGAAAACUUUCUGGCAGAAAGAAGUCGAAGAUUUGAGGGAAUAUUUUGAUGCUCAAGUAGGAAACGAUUUACCCAAAGCUAUUGAAAAGGAACUCAAUCACCUCUCUGAUAACAUUAAUAAUCUUUAAUUGCCUACUUAUAUAAUUGUAUGUACAUAAAUUUGUAGUUAUGUUUUUCAAGUAUUCCUAACUUUCAUAUUAAAUUAUAAUAACAGUGCAAUUGAGAUUUUUAAUACAAGAUUUGUAUAGCAAAACUUUAUCAACUUAAAUAGCAGUUUUGAAAAUA